GCGCAUCGCCCCGCAGCGAGACCCCGAGCGGCCGCUGCGGCCAGCCACAUCUUGGAUCCUGUUUCUGCAGGACUUCCGCGCGCAGACCACGGCCCUGAAGGGGAAGGAGGUCAUGUCGGCGGCCUCCCAAAAGUGGAAGGCGAUGGCAGCAGAUAGCAAGGCCAAAUACGAGGAGCCGGCGAAAGAGGCUAGAAGCAAGUAUGCUCAAGCCAUGAAGAGCUACGUGGAGUCCGGCAAGAAGGACGCUUGGAAGCGGGACCCAGAGCGUCCCACGCGGCCGCUGUUGCCGUACAUGCGCUUCAUGCAGGAGUACCGCAAGACGGCCACGGGAUCGAUGCUCGAGGUCACCAAGUCUGGGGCUUCGGAGUGGAGGGCCAUGAGCGACGCCGAGAAGCGGCGCUGGGCAGGGAGCUACGACACCGAGAAGGCGGAAUAUGCGGAAGCAAUGAGGAAAUACAAGGAGUCAGGGAAGGAAGCCGCGUAUAAGGAGAAGGUCGGUAUCCUAGCGCAGCAAGAGAAGUUGAAGGCCAAGAAGAAAAUAGAGGCUGACAAGGCCAAGAAAGCCAAAGUUAGUGAAAAGGCAAAAGCAGCCAAAACCGCAGAAAAGGCAAAAGCAGCCAAAACCGCAGAAAAGGCAACCAAGAAGUCGAAGUCGAAAGCGGCUGACAAGGUAAAGAAGGGCGCGCCCACGAAGGUCGCAAAGGCCGAGGCAGAGGUGCAAAAGGCAAAGGAGGUCCUGAAGAAGGCGAAGGCCGCCGCCAAGUUGAAGCAGGCCAAAGCGAAGGCCAAGGCCUGAGUGAGUCUCUGGGAAUCGACAACAGGCUCCAGAGAGUGGUGUUCGGCUCACGGCCCGAAUCUCCACAAGGACUCUCCAUGGGA